GACUGCUGGUGCAACGAUUUCUGUCAGGCUCAUGGCAACUGCUGCUCCGACUAUGCAGUCGAGUGUGGGGAAAAGCCGGCUAAAUGCGAGAAGUGUGGACGCUACACGUGUGACGAGUGGAUCGAGUGGGAUGCAGGAAAGUAUACCUGCGAAUCUCUUGCGCACGACUGGGGAUGCGCUUGUGCAGGCUGCAAGUGCAAAGGCAAGGCGCAGAUGACCCUGAACCUUUUUUCUGAACAGAAGCACCCAGAGGCUCGGUGCCUAGAUGGAAGCAUAGCCGGGUACUACAUCCGCCCAGGCAACGAGAAGGUCAAGUUCCUGGUUUUUCUGGAAGGGGGUGGCUGGUGUUACGACCAGAAUUGCAAGGAGCCCACUCCGGAUGGAACGUUGAAGGAUUGCUGGAAGCGUUCCAGUGGAAAUCUGGGCUCCAGCAAGCGCUGGCCCACAAUUAAGCCGCAGGAAUAUCUUACCGGAAUUCUUAGUGAAGACGUGAAGGAGAACCCUGUCUUUAGCAACUGGACCGUGGUCUUUGUCCCCUACUGCGAUGGGGCCAGCUUCACCGGCAACUCCGUCGUUGACGGUCUGCAUUUCAAGGGCGAGCCGAUUCUCAAGGCCGUGUUAACCGAACUGGAGUCCAAGGAAGGUAUCCUCGAUGCCUCUCGCGUCGUUCUCAGUGGGGGCAGCGCGGGUGCCAGCGCGGUCUACUUCCACGCGGAUUAUAUCGCUAAGCGCCUCAAGGGAGGUGCCUGCUCACGAAGCGAAACACUUCAGAAGCGAAUGCUUAGCAUGCUGGGUGCUGCAGGUCCGGACGAUAACGCGGACGAGACAUGCAGGCAGAUGGAGGUUCUGGCACUGCCUGAUGCAGGAUUUUUCCUCGAUGUGCCAGACCACGAAGGAGUCCGUUGCUGGCCAAACCAGAUGAUCGGGCUUUUCAACGUGUCUGGAGGCUACAGCAGCUUGCAUGCUGGCUGUCUCGACAAGUACAAAUCUGAGCCCUGGCGCUGCCUCUUCCCGGAGUACUUUGCAGAUCUGAUGGAGACAAGGCUUUUCAUUCUCAACAGCCUGUACGACUCGUCAGAAAUCACCUACAGCCUGGGAUUGGACUGCUGCCCAGGGGACUGCCCUUACUGGAAGCGUGCCUGCACGCCGUCGGAAAUGCAGCUCUACGAGAAGUUGCGCCUAGGGCACCUGGAGGCAUGGAAGGAUGUUGUGCGGCGGCCGGGCAAUGGCGUGUGGGCCAUUUCUUGCAUC